AGAGCAUUUAUGAUGCAGAGAUGUAUCGAAUCCUGCAUAAUUGGCUGGCAAAGGUACAUAGUUUUGAUAUCAUCGGACAAUGGCAUCUCAAAAAAGUUUGUGAAGACGGUGGUUAUCAUCACCUUUAUUGCGACCUUACUAUUAAAAAAAGAGAUGACCCCUCUCCUGUAGCAGUUCUUGAAUUAUUGGCAACAACAUCCAUACCGGAAUUGAAUGAGCAUUUCAAACGGGUUUUUAAUUAUGCCGAUCUACUAAAACCUACAGAAGUUUGGGUUAUCCAUUUUUCUCGGGAGGACGACUCUCCAGUUUCCCCGGCAUUAUCAGUAAUUUCACAAAUGCCUAUUCCAUCACCUAUUAAUACUCACUCUGAUGAAGAUAAUAUAGAAAAUACAUCUGAUGCAUGUCAACCUACCUAUAUGGAACCUAAAUUAUUGGAAGAAAAAGAGAUUAACGAUUUCUUAUAUGAGAAAAAUAAGGAAAAUAAUAUGAUAAGAGAAAGGAACCGGGAAAAGAAGAUUCAAGCCCAAGUUUCACACAAUGCUUCUUCGGUGCCAACUGAUUCUCCUUGCAAUAAGAUUUUGGAUACUGAGGCAGAGGAAGAACCAU